CGAAGCAGCCUCGUUCGCGCCAUCAGGCCUCUGUUUGCUUCGACCGUUGGGCUAGGAUCUCACGCUCCCGGGCUCACAUGUGCAAAUGCACGUGCUGCUGCUUCUGAGGACUCUGCUUCACUUGCAGCGCGACCCACAUCAGGAACUCGCGUUGUUCCUUCCACUUCCAUUCUGCUUGCCGUCUGACACACGCACACUACCAGACAACAACUUUUCCCUCUCAUCUCCUCAGAGCAAAAGACAUCAACGAUACCAACACCACAACUCGCGAAACCACGAAACACGACAUGGCGAACUCGAAGGACGACAGUCAUACACUCCGUGAGCGGCUCGAUGAGCUGCCACCAGAGCUCUGGGAGAUGAUUUAUGAUCUCACCUUCACUGCCGACGCGAAAGUCCGACUUUACAGCCAGUUACCUGAACGUAAGGACAGCGAAAGAUUGACUAGUGCUAAGCUUCACGAGUUGGCACAGGGGUACUCCAAGGAAAUCGUCACAGUCAACGAGAUACCGUACUUACUGCACGUUGAUCGUGCAAGCAGAAAUAAGUUUGCGCGAUCCUUCUAUGGCAAUCCCGACUCGCUCUUUAUCGUCUCCAGAUGCUCCAAUCCUGGAGUGAUCACGCAUCUGAAGCUAGUCAAAAAUAUCCACAUGGGUAUCGAUAGGUGGGGAGGUGGGAUUGUCGACAGAUACUGCAGGCGUGCCGUCGUAGAGUGGACUGGCAAAUCCGAGCACAGUAUUUGUUUCCUCUAUCCCGAGGAUAUCGAAGCACUGUUGAAGAAGCGUGCUGGAAUCGCCAACUCAGCUUCUGCUGGAUUGUGAACCACAAUCUCACACAACUGAAGCUUCCGGCGGCAGCGUUUGCUUUGGCUUCACUUGAGGCUUUUCCAGCUUCAUUUCGCGCACAGAUGCCGGCGGCGCGUUGACACCGCGUCCUGACCACCACCCACUUCACUU